UCGCAUGGCCUCGGAACCCCACAAGCUCACGCUCUUCUCACACACGUUCCAGCAUCCGGAGUUUAGUCUAUCACCAUCUUCGGAGAGAGGUGGUAGUGGUCCACGUUCACAUUCCGGGCGUGAACAGCACUUUUCAGCCAGUUGGGGCAACAUGACACUGCUCUCGUUAAUUACUUCACGUGCUUCCUGAUGCGGUGUCGCAAGUGGGGUGCGAGUCGACAGUUCCGUUGCGACCACCCUAACGCACGCACCAUGAGUUAAGACUGACUCAGUCUAAGAGUUGAACGAUGGCGGUCUUUUCCGGACUUUUCGUGUUGUGUUUAGUGAGAUGUGUGUUUGGGACGGAGACGCUGCCGACGGACUCGUCGGCACCCCUUCGAUAUGAAGCUCCAGAUGAUUGCCAGUGGUGGAUCCGGGAGUCUGCCGUGUCUGGCGGGCAAGACGAAGUGGCCUUAACGUGUAAUUUGAGGACCAUCAACAGUGAAUUCGACACGACCAAUUUCAGUGUCAUCCCAUCCGAACACACCACUUCCCUCCGGAUCGAGUGCAAUGCGGAAAUUAUGUCCCGGAGUAGCUUAGACGACCGGAGUUUUGUCCAUUUGACGAAAUUAAGGGAACUGGAGCUGGAGCAUUGUAAAUUGGGCAGAUGGCCGGCUGGUACGUUAUUAGGACUGAGGGAUUUGAGGAAUUUGACGGUGAGGACGCACAACACCGAUUGGCCGGCGAUGAAUUUGGAUUUUGCGAAAGACAGCUUUAUGCCGGUUCGACAAUUGGAGAGGUUGGAUUUGAGUUGUAAUAACAUUUGGUCGUUUCCGGAGAACAUUUUUUGUCCUUUGAUCAACUUGGUGGCUUUGAAUGUCAGUGAAAAUAGACUGCAAGAUGUGAGCGAUUUGGGCUUUCGGGAAAAAGCUCCCGGACUUCCACAACCGCUGAUUAGUGUGUCUGAUGAUGAUCAGCCUCGUAAUGCUGAAACCACACGCUCGUUUGCACAUCCGUGCAGUUUAGACAUUCAGGUACUUGAUACUUCAUUUAAUCAUUUCGUUUUGAUUCCGGCUAACGGAUUCAGCGCACUCCGGCGACUCCGGGAGCUUUAUAUUCACAAUAACGAGAUUUCGAUGGUGGCGGAUCGUGCCAUCGCCGGACUCAAAGCGCUACAAAUAUUCGAUUUGUCUAAUAAUAAAGUAGUGGCUUUACCAUCCGAACUUUUUAAAGACUGUUCCAAUGCCAUAAAAGAGAUUUAUUUGCAAAACAAUUCGAUUAGUGUGCUCGCUCCCGGACUGUUUUCGAAUUUGGAGCAAUUGUUGGCGUUGGACUUGUCGAAAAAUCUUUUAUCAAGUUCCUGGAUCAACUCGGAGACAUUCGCCGGUUUGAUCCGCUUAGUACUUUUGAACUUGUCAUAUAAUCGCAUAACGAAAUUAGAGCCGGCUUUCUUUAGGGACCUGUACACGCUUCAAAUCCUCAAUUUAGAACAUAAUUCCUUAGAAACUAUUCCAGCCGACACGUUUGCUCCCAUGAAUAACUUGCACACGUUAAUUAUUUCCUAUAAUAAAAUCACGUACCUCGACGCAUACUCGCUAAACGGGCUGUACGUUCUGUCUCUGCUGGCGCUUGAUAAUAAUCUCCUCGAGGGAAUUCAUCCCGAAGCUUUCAGAAACUGUUCCAGUUUGCAGGACUUGAAUUUGAACGGUAACUCACUGAAAGCCGUGCCUCUAGCACUCAAAGAUAUGCGUUUACUUCGUACAGUGGAUUUAGGCGAAAACUUGAUCUCUAACCUCGAAGAGCCCGGUUUCCGAGGCAUGAGCAACUUGUACGGCUUGAGGUUAAUCGGUAAUCAACUUCAGAACAUCAGUAAACGCGCAUUUAACGAUUUACCAGCACUACAAAUUUUAAAUCUCGCCCGCAAUAAAAUCCAGAGAAUAGAGCACGGAGCUUUCGAAUCGAGUCCCAACCUCCAGGCGAUACGUCUCGACGACAACGUUUUAACGGACGUUAGCGGUCUUUUCGCCAAUAUUCCCAGUUUAUUAUGGCUAAACAUAUCCGAUAACCAAAUCGAAUGGUUCGAUUACGCCCUCAUCCCCAAAGGACUGCAAUGGCUCGAUGUCCACAAAAACAAAGUCCGGGAACUUGCCAAUCGCAACAACUUGGAACUACAAUUACGCUUGCAGACUUUAGACGCCAGUUUUAACAAACUAACGAGGAUUAAUGCCGCGGCCGUGCCCAACAGCAUCGAGUUAUUAUUUCUAAACGACAAUCUUAUAACCACAGUCGAACCACACACUUUCCUAAAGAAAACAAACCUGACGAGAGUGGAUUUAUACGCAAAUCAGAUUGUUAGUAUGGAUCUGAACGCUUUACGCUUAACUCCGGUCGAUCCGGAAAGACCGUUGCCCGAAUUUUAUAUCGGAGGUAAUCCGUAUCAGUGCGAUUGCACCAUGGAGUGGCUGCAACGCAUCAAUAAAUUGGAUCAUUUGCGCCAACACCCUCGUGUCAUGGAUUUGGAAAGUAUUUAUUGCAAGCUUCUGUACAAUCGCGAUAGCAACUAUCUCCCGUUGAUCGAUGCCGAAUCGUCGCAGUUCCUCUGCACUUACAAGACGCAUUGUUUUGCUCUUUGCCAUUGUUGCGACUUUGACGCCUGUGAUUGCGAAAUGACGUGUCCCACAAACUGUACUUGCUAUCACGAUCAAUCCUGGUCGGCCAACGUCGUCGAAUGUUCCGGUGUGGGCUACACAGAAAUGCCUAGUCGAAUCCCCAUGGACGCUACUGAAGUCUACUUAGACGGAAACAAUUUUGGCGAGUUGUCGAGUCACUCGUUCAUUGGGCGAAAAAACCUAAAGAUUUUGUACGCCAACAAUUCGAACAUUGCUGCGAUUUACAAUCACACGUUUAGUGGCUUGCGCCGCUUAACCAUCUUGCACUUGGAGAAUAACAAAAUCAAGGAGUUGUUGGGGUUCGAAUUGGCGAGUCUGGAAAAUUUGAGGGAGCUUUAUUUGCAAGGAAAUAUGAUCCACUACAUUGACAAUAGGACGUUCCUGGAAUUGAAGCAAUUGGAGGUGUUACGUUUGGACGGGAAUCGCUUGAAUUCUUUCGAGGUGUGGCAAUUUGCAUUGAAUCCAUAUUUGGUCGAAAUAGGAUUAGGGGAAAAUCAGUGGUCUUGCGAAUGCCACUACGUGGAGAAAUUUAAGUCGUGGUUUAAGGUAAACCACGGGAAAGUGCUCGAUGCUGGUAAAGUAGUUUGUAUGUUUAACAACGUAACGAAAGCUGUGGGCCCCCACAUGGGCGAUUUCAACGCAACCGCUUGUGCUGCCUACACCGGGGGCACCCGAGCCAUCGUGGAAACCCAAGUUAUGAACGACUAUUUGCCUUUACUCCUCGUCACAAUGUGCGUUUUCCUGGCCAGCGUUGUGAUCGUUUGUGGCGCCUUUUACUACCGUCGCGAGUUACGCGUGUGGAUAUACUCUCGGUGCGGCUUGCGAAUGUGCUACAAGACCACAGCUUUCGAAGAGCAGCAAGACAAAGACCGCCUUUUCGACGCCUACGUCAGCUACAGCGUCAAGGACGAAGCCUUCGUCAGCCAGGUCCUGGCUCCGGGCCUGGAGUCCGGCGAUCCGGGCUACCGCUUGUGUUUGCACUACCGGGACUUUAACGUGUCCGCGUACGUCGCCGACACGAUAAUCGAAGCGGUGGAGUCGUCCCGACGCACAAUUAUCGUCCUUUCGAAAAACUUUCUCCAGAACGAGUGGUGUCGCUUCGAGUUCAAGUCCGCCCUGCACGAAGUGUUGAAAGACCGGAGGCGACGCCUCAUUUUCGUGGUCACUGGCGAGUUGCCCCAGCGGGAUUUGGACCCGGACUUGCGGUUGUACUUGAAGACGAACACAGUGAUCGAGUGGGGGGACCGCCAGUUCUGGCAAAAACUCCAGUUUGCGAUGCCGGACGUGCGAAGGCCGUGCUUGCACCAGAGGUCGGCCAAUAUUUACGCUUCGGCGACGCCGUCAAGGAGUCCGGUGCUGCCGCCGCCUCCGCCGCCCGGAAAAAUGCCACCGUUUUUGCAUCAUCCCUCCAGUCUGCCAAGAGACGCUCGCAACAUGCCCCAUCCUCUGUGGGCGUAGCGGAUGUUCAGCCGCAGCGAUCGACAGCUCCAGCGUGCGUUUUUGACGAAUUAAAUUCGGAGAUGGACGGUCUUUCCUUGGCUCCCGAGGUGACUGUGAUUGUGAUAUUUUUGUGAACUUUAAUUAUUCUAAAUAGAUGGCCCAUUCGUGUGAACGGGCGCGUUUCUAGUUAAUUAUUGUUGUUAUAAUUUAUAAACAAAGGACUGAAAAAGUUUGAAUCGAAUUUAACUAAAAAAGUUAUAAAGUCAGUCUUGAUAUAUCAAUGUUCUUUACAUACUGCUUCAUGAGCUUAUUAUUAAUAGGUGUAUUGAAAGAAAUUCUCAUGUAUUAUAAAUAUUUCAAUUAGUUCAAACAGUACUGUGACGUUUCAUUUAUCGAUCAGCUAGUAAGGUUUUUCUAACUUUAAACGGGUUUUACGUUGUUUUAUACGCCGAUUAUUAUUAUUUAUUUGCCGCGUAUUACAGAAAGGUUGUGAUUUGUGUAUUUCCUACAGAACUUGUUAUUAGUAUUUUAACAGUAUCCACAACGAUAUUGAUAGACUUAAGUAUCUUGAUUGGACAAGUCGACAUUUGAUCGUUCCGUUUUGGUCAAACACCAAUUUUUACAAAAUCAAUAAGUCAUCACCAAAUUAUUUUUAGUUUUGAUGCCACUGGAAACGAAGCGAUCAAGUGGAGGACAUCCAUGAUUUACGAUUCCUAACUUAAUAUAUUGUAAUAUUAUUAAUUGUAUAUACUGUGUAUAAAUAAUUUAAAGGUAUAUUUUCAUCAGAAAUCCCAAAGCACACUAUGUAAAUAGCAUUAUUAUUUGCUUAUUUGGAACGUAACUUAAAACAAAUAAAAUUAUUUAAUUUUAA